GCCUGCCACCGGAGUCCGGUCUAAGGUGUGAUUUGUGAAGUCGGGAAGCAAAACGGAGACUCAUAGAAGAAGAGUCCAGUUAGGGUUUCGCCAAUGGCUUCUAAUCACGAAGAAACCGAUGCUUCGGCCGAUUCUCCGUCCUCGUCGAAGAACGUUUAUAAGGAUCCAGAUGAUGGACGCCAGCGGUUCUUGCUCGAACUUGAAUUCGUGCAAUGUCUUGCUAACCCUACCUACAUACACUAUUUGGCUCAAAAUCGCUAUUUCGAAGAUGAAGCUUUCAUUGGCUACUUGAAGUACCUACAAUAUUGGCAACGACCAGAGUACAUAAAGUUCAUAAUGUAUCCACAUUGCCUAUUCUUUCUUGAGCUUCUUCAAAACUCGAACUUCAGGAAUGCAAUGGCACAUCCUGCCAACAAGGAAUUGGCACACAGGCAACAAUUCUACUUUUGGAAGAACUACAGGAACAACCGCUUAAAGCACAUUUUACCUAGGUCCCUUCCUGAACCUGUUGCUGCACCCCCAGCUUCUGCCCCACCUCCACCUCUUGCACCACCUACAACCAUCCCAAUGUCUGCUGUCCCUGCACCUGCACCUGCUCCUUCUCCGGCUCUUUCUCCUAUGCAGUAUGCCAUUCCAUCUGGAUCUUCUCUCACAAAGAAUGAUCCCAGGAACAGUGGGAUUGAUCGAAGAAAGAGAAAGAAAGAAGUAUGAGCUGAUUGAUUUCUCUGCAUUGGCUGAGGUUAAUUGGGUCGGUAUUGCUCAACCUUUUCCUGCGGUUUUUUCCUUACCAAAAGAACUUUUUCUUCUGGCUUUGUAAU